AGUUUGCAGUCUGUCGCCGCCCUAAAGGCGAAUCUGCAGAAGUGCAGCACUAAUCGCGUCUUUUGGGCGUGUGCAGGAGCGCAGAUUCAGCACCAAGAGACUGAUGACCAGAGCAGGAGACGCUCUUUGUGGCUUGAUGACAAUAAUCUGUCGAAUAUAGUUUCGGAAAAGCCGUGAACAGAAGCUUUGAGUGUUCAAGAUGACGACCACCACCAAUUUCCAAGGCAUGGAACCGACCGCGAGGAGCAGCUCCAGAGUGCUGCGUCCACCAGGUGGAGGUUCAAACAUCUGCUUUGGCACAGAUGAAGAGAAACCUGUGAAAAAAAACAAAAUGGCAUCUAGUAUAUUUGCUGAACCUGAGGACCCUCAUGCACAUCGAAGGAACAAUCCACCAAGUGGGAAGCCUACAGGUGUGUUGUGUGGAGAACCAUCUGCCCCUCUCAGAAGAUGUACUGCUCAACCCGCCAACCAAAGUAACACCACAGUCGAAAAUAAUGUUACUGUGAAUGGUGAGGAAGACUCAAUGACUGUUGAUAGCACAGAACAUCCUGAACCUAUUCAGGAGCAGGAUGACACACCAGCUCCACCUUGCCUCUCUGCAACAGAGCAGCCUGCAGCUGGGGUUCCUUCUGGCCGUAGAAACCCACCAGGGGGCAAAUGUUCUCUCAUCUUAGGCUAAAGAUUUGCCUCACUAAAGGAUAAGAUCUGGGCCUAUGUAAAAUGAGCAUCUCAGUGUAAAUGUGCUGUUCUGUGGUCAGUGCCCAUCCUCUGCAUAACACUAUACAUAAAAUUACAUAAACCACAGAGAACAGAUUAAGAUCAGGACGGUUUAGACAGAGAAGCGUGCCACAAUCUCUGAGCUGUGAUUUGUUCAAAGAAUACCUUUGAAUGUGUUAAGUGUUGGUCACUCAGUCAAGCCUUUACUAAGAUCAGACCCUUAAGGAAAAACUGAUCCCGGGGUGUGCACUGCUACUCUUAGAUACUGCAAACCAUAGGCCAAAAUAUUCCAUCAAACUUCUCCAGUCAUUACGUUUUUUUUUUUCAUCGAUUGUACGCCUAUGAAAUGUCUCCCUUACUCAGUGUUGGUCUCUCUUUUUUAUGUGUUGUUGGAAUUUUAUGAGUUGUGGUGCCUGACUUGUGGUGCCUCAGUCCUGCUGGUUAAGACACAAGAUUUUAAUAAUUCCAUGUCACAUCCAUAAAAAAAAAAAAAAUGUCUGAAACAUUUGUAGAUGUAAAGAAAAAUGUAUCAACAUCGAUUUACUGAUAGCUGAAGGGAUAUUUAGUA